GAGGCUGACGGCCCUGUGGAUCAGUUUGCGGAUUUGCGAUGUGUGACUAAGCAAAUCAAGUACGCAGGAAGCACAGUGCACUUCUGGACGUUUCCUCACUCGAACAAGCCAGAUGCCAUUACUGCCACGGAUCACGGCAAGAAAUGCUUGGGCAAGGCUCUGAAGCAGGUGUAUGGUGCAGAUUGCAUUGCGUACUACUGCAUUGUGGCAGAGCAGCAUGCCAGCUCCUCACGAAGAUGGGAGAGAACAUGGCAUUGGCAUGCGGUGCUAAAGCUGAGUCGUCGUGUGAAGUGGAAGGCUGUGGCCAAGAACUUGCGGGAGCGUGGCUUUUAUGGCCGCCUUGCUUUGCCACAGUUCCACGCUGAUAUAUGGCGCAUUCUUCGCUAUGUACUUUGUCCGAGCUUAAAGAAAAGCCAUUCUGAACUCGAUGGCGAUCCUUACUUCUCUUCGACCUUCCCCUUGGAACAGAUGGAAAGCAAGAUGCGUAAGUUUUCGAAUGCUUCUUUCCGGCCAAGCGACAUGUUCAAUGCCCUUCGGAACUUGCGUCCGCGGUUGACUUCGUACCAGGAGCUCAUAGCAUGGGCUGCGCAGCAGCGUGAGCGUGGAAAUGGCAAGUUCCAGGAGUUCAUGGCGCGUCAGGGGCCGAAGAUGCAGCCUCUGUUUUUAUCUUGGCAGACGAUGCUGACAGAAACUAGCACGCCCAGACAGCGCGAGGAGCGUCUGCGGCUUUGGGCAGCUGCCAGUCAAGAGGCUUGUGUGUGCUAUGAGCCCUCCAGAUUGCGCGAAGCUUUGGACAACUUGUUGGAGCAUCAUGGAAAGAGUGCAGGCAGGUUCGCGUUCUGCAUCCUGCGUCUUCUCAAGCUGGGGACUGCGGCCAAGAACAACAACCUCUUGCUUUAUGGUGAGUCCAACUCUGGGAAGACUGGUUUGACAAGGCCUUUGAUGCACAUCUUCGAGAAUCGCACCUUCUUGCGGCCCAACAAGGGAGACACGUUCCCCCUUAUGGGGCUUGAGCAGCACCUCAUCACGGUCUUCCAGGACUGGCGGCUGAGUUCCUCCCCCAUACCGUGGGACACGUUGUUGCUGCUGCUGGAGGGCGAGAGUGUCACUGCUGCCGUGAAGGGGGCCGGUUCUGUCCUGGUGCAUUCGCCCCCGCCGGUCAUCAUGACUUGUCAAGCGAAGGUGCAGCCGCGAACUGCCAAAGGCGAGAUUGACGAAGCCGAGCGCCUUGCUUUUCACAACAGGUUUCAGCUGAGGUGGCACUUCAAGUAUGCUUUGCCGCAGGAACAGCGUGACAACAAGCUGAAACUUUGCUACCGUUGCAAGGGCUGUUACAGCAGAUGGAUCAAUGACAACUACCAGGAGUACAUCAAGCAAAAUCCAGGCAUUGAUUCUGAGCUUGUGGACUUCGAGGAAGCUCUUGCGCGGACCGACCCUUUGGAGAGCUUGGAGGCUGUUGGCCGCAAGCGGAAAGCCGAGCAUCCACUAGCUUCGACUCCGUCCGAAGCGGCCCCUCCUGUGGCUUCGGAACCAGCUGUGCAUGCGGCGCGACCGCCGUCUCUCCCACAUUCGUGGUCUGCGGAGUUCGAAGAGCAUUCGACAUCGAUACUUGCACAGCCGUGGACUCCGCCGGAGUCGUCGGCGGAAGCUUCGUGGCCUGCGUGGACACCGCCACGGACAGCAGUACCGCUUGAACAUUUGGACGAGGAGCUUGCGCAGCCGUGGACACCGCUAGGCCCACCUCCUACAUCGCCUGAAGUUUCUCGGCCCUGGUCGCCUCAUUGGGAAACGCCGCCGGAAAUACACGCAGCUUUCCGAUCUCAGAUUGCUCAAGCCGUCUCCAGUUCACAGAGCGACGCAUUGUCAUCGCCAGAGUGGCGAACACCGCCGAAGAUUCUAGAAGCUUUCAGACAGGGCUUGUGA